CUUAAUUUUUCAUCAAUCUAAGCAAUAUCUAAAUUGUCUUUUACCUUGUCUUGUGUGUCACUCUUUUCCUUUUUAUUUUGUUUUUAUUUCUUCCUUAUUCCAUUUUACACAUACAGCGGCCGUACAGAGAGAUUCUGUAAAAGGUGAGAGAGUGUGGAGAAGAAGAUAAAGGGGAGUUCUUUUUUUGGGAGAUUGAAUCAAAACUCAAAAGGAGUUGAAAGAUUUUCAAUGGAAAGCAAUAAUAGAAGCAAGUUUAAGAGAAUCUGUGUUUUCUGUGGAAGCAAUCCUGGCCAUAGGAAAGUCUUCAGUGAUGCUGCUAUUGACUUGGGGAAUGAAUUGGUAAGUAGGAAGAUUGACUUGGUGUAUGGUGGUGGAAGUGUUGGAUUGAUGGGGUUGAUUUCCCAGAGAGUCUAUGAGGGAGGUUGCCAUGUCCUUGGGGUCAUCCCAAAAGCUCUUGUUCCUAUUGAGAUAUCAGGUGAAAGUGUUGGUGAUGUAAAGAUUGUUUCGGACAUGCAUGAGCGGAAAGCUGAAAUGGCUAGUCAAGCUGAUGCCUUUAUUGCACUUCCAGGAGGAUAUGGAACCAUGGAAGAGACUCUGGAAAUGAUAACAUGGGCACAACUUGGAAUUCACAAAAAACCGGUUGGUUUGCUAAAUGUUGAGGGUUAUUAUAAUUCUUUGCUUACACUAUUUGACAAUGGUGUUGAAGAAGGUUUCAUCAAGCCAGGGGCUCGUGACAUUGUUCUUGCUGCUCCUACAGCCAGAGAGCUUUUAAGCAAGAUGGAGCAAUAUACUCCUUCACAUGACCAUGUUGCUCCCCAUGAAAGCUGGCAGAUGGAGGAGUUGGCUUAUCCAAAGGAACAGUCUCCUCAUCGUUAACUCUUGGAUGAGAAUUUUAUUCAGGUGGAGCCACAUAUAAUGCAUCAUUGUGUACUCUUGUCAUUCUUUGUGGUUACAUUUAGUACUAUCAACUUUGAUGUUUUGCAUAAGCUAACAUUGAUUUAUAAAUUGGUCAAUGGA